AUGAGGCGCGUUGCCGAGUCUGGCACGGUGGCGCUGCUGGUGUCCUUGGGGGCGCUGGCAGUUGCGGAUGCUAGUCGGGUGUAUGCAUCAGGCUUGUCUACGGCUGGGGAGCAGGAGCAGGCGGUGGAGGCCAAUGAGGAGACAGCGACUGCAGCCACCACAAGCUUGCCGACCACCACGACAAAGACAGGGAUGCCUUUGACUUCUGAUUCUUUGGAGAUUAUAGAAGCAAAAAGGGCAGUGCUUUCGGGCAACCUGGCGGUUCUCGAAAAGCUCCGUCAGGCCGGCUACGACCUCUUCACCGUAGGUCGCAUUUCGUACCUGCCGGCUUUUGCUGCAGCAAACGGCAAGGUGGCGGCACUGCGGUACCUGCACGAGGCAGGCGCCAACUUCAGUCGCAGAGACCACGACGGACAUACGCCGGCCCAUGUCGCAGCCCUACACAACCAAGUGGAGGCCCUGGCGGUGCUCCAAGAGGCAGGAGUGGACCUGAACUCGGUGACCGACCACAACGGUGGUCUGCCGGUCCACGCGGCCGCAGAAAACCCUGAGCGCGAGACAGAUGCGCUGAUCUUCCUGAUCCAGGCCGGCGUCAACGUGAGUUUCGUCAACGGAAGGGGUGAGACGCCGGCCUUCCUGGCUGCCCACAGAUGCAAUGACAAAGCACUGGAGGUGCUGGCGAAGGCAAGGGCCGACCUGCAGACUGCGGACAAUCGCGGGAACACCCCGUUGCACGUGGCCGCAGGGUCGUUUGGUGAUCGCCCGAGCAGAGCAAAUGCGCUGCGCAUUCUGAUCCAGGCCGGUGUCAAUUUGAAUGCCGUCAACAAGGACGGUGACACGCCGCUCUGCAUGGCUGGCAAUAAGAGGCAAGACGAAGCAACGGAGGUGCUGGUGAAGGCCGGCGCCAACGUGAAUGCCAUAAACAAACACGGAGAGACACCGGCCUUCAUGGCUGUUAUCUUUCGCAGAGACAAAGCACUGGAGCUGCUGGCGAAGGCAGGAGCCGACCUGCAGAUCACGCCGGCUUCAACGGCUGUUAUCUUUCGCAGAUACCUGGUCAAGGCAGGAGCCGACCUGCAGACUGCGGAGAAAAACGGGAACACCUUGCUGCACGCGGCCCUAACAACGAACGUGAUGGGAAACCCAGACGACGAGCCCAGUCGCUGGCGCGUCCCGAUCUUGCGCACCCUGAUCCAGGUCGGCGCCAACGUGAAUGCCACCAACGAGUACGGCGUCACGCCGGCCUACAUGGCUGCCUUCUACGGCCAGGACAAAACACUGGAGGUGCUGGCGAAGGCAGGAGCCGGCCUGGACAUUGCGGACAACGUCGGGAACACCCCACUGCACGCGGCGUCGAGACAACGGGGGAAGGUGGAGGUGGUUUCCGUCCUGAUCCAGGCCGGGGCCAACGUGAAUGCCAUCAACGAGAAGGGAGAGACGCCGGCCUACAUGGCUGCCGACUUCUGCAGAGACAAAACGCUGGAGCUGCUGUUGAAGGUUGGUGCGGGGAUUUCACUUCUGAAG